AUGGAUGAUAUCUGUCCCGCUUCACCAACCCCCUCCACACACGAUCCAAGCCCGGUAUCAUAUAGCGAGAUCUCUAUGCCCUCCUGGUCUGGCUGCCCAUCAUGCCGACACAGAAAUCCGCGUAGGAACAAUCAAACUCUGCCCGAACCUGUUUCAUCUUUACCACCAUUACCACUGUCUGCUAUACGUUGGAUUACUCUAUAUGUUCUUGACCGAUUCACAUCUGUAAUCAAUGUGUUUGGUGUUUGGCGCUACUACCCUCGACGCCCACAUCACGAUUCCGACUCUUUUCUUUCUCUAGACGACCUGGCAUCCAAACCAGCUACCUUCAAGCAGCUAUCAUCCUCGAUUCUGGAUGGGAUCACAUCAUAUAUAUCCAACCUUCAGCCUACCGUACGUCUCCUUCUGCAAUGGGCUAAUAAUGGCCAAACAUCAAAGUCUAUUGGUCAGAUCAACGAGCUUGUUGAUACGGUUUUACUUGCACCCAAUUUUGAUGCCCAGGACCUGAUUGGUUUUGAUGCUAGACGUGAGCAUGCUCGAAUGGACAAGGCAAUUGCUACAUUGGGGCUUGGAGCUCAUUUCCGAGAAACCUGUGUACAAAUUUGGGUGCCGUCUGGAAUCCCACACUGUCCACCUCUUCCUUAUCUUGUUCCAGGCCUUCUCCAUCGCUCCUUCACCUCUCUUAUCACUGAAAUGUUUACGGGUCCUCUAGCCAAGCAUAUGCAUUAUGCUCCAUUUGAGCUUUGGCAUCAAUCCCCUCAUACCAACAAAUCUGAACGCAUCUUUUCCGAACUCUAUAAUUCUGAUGCCUUUCUUGCCAAAAAUGAAGCAAUUCAGCGUCGUGGUGCAUUACCUCCUGACGACCCCAAUUGUAAACGUGAAAAGGUUGUGGCUGCUCUUCAAAUUGCCUCUGAUGCAACUCACUACACCAAUUUCGGGAAUGCCAAAGGAUGGCCCAUAUAUGUGAUGGCAGGAAAUUUGUCUAAAUAUAUUUGUGCUCAGCCCGGCUCUGGUGCAUUGCAUCAUCUAGCAUAUAUUCCUUCGCUUCCAGACUCGUUUAAAGAUUUUGCGUCGGAAAAUCACCCCAAAUGGAAAUCACAAAGCCAACAACUGCUCACACAUUGUCGACGCGAAUUAAUCCACGGUGUCUGGAAGAUUAUAUUGGACGAUGACUUUAUGCAUGCAUACCGUUAUGGAAUAGUUAUUAAAUGCCAUGACGGCAUUGAAAGACGAUUUUAUCCACGCAUAUUCACAUACUCGGCUGAUUAUCCAGAAAAGGUUCUAUUGGUCACAAUUAGAGAUAAGGGCCUAUGCCCUUGUCCAACUUGUCUUGUGCCAAAGUCCAAGCUAGACCAGCUUGGAUUGAAACGCGACAAGAAUCUCCGAACUGACAAUAGAACAGUUCGUAGAUACAUUGUCGAGCAAGUUGCACUCGCCCGCGAUGCCAUUUAUCGUCUUGGGCAUUCAAUAAAAUCGGAAGUUGUUGAUCGCCUCCUCAAGCCGUUUUCUGGUGUUCCAACAGAAAAUGCUUUUGUUGCGCGUUUGGGCCUUGAUUUUAACCCAUCUGAUAUGCUAACCGUUGAUUUGCUGCAUGAGUUUGAAAUCGGGGUCUGGAAAAGCUUAUUUACUCAUCUGAUUAGAUUACUAUAUGCUGCUAGAGGGGGUUCCGAUGAACUUGUAACAGAGCUAGACAGACGGUACCGCCAGGUCUUGACCUUUGGCAAUGGUACUAUACGUAACUUUGCUAAAAAUUCAUCGGAAAUGAAAAAAUUGGCGGCACGCGAUUUUGAAGACCUUUUGCAAUGUGCUAUUCCUAUAUUUGAAGGACUGUUUCCAGAUCCACAUGAUCGACAAAUCGCAAAGCUCUUGUACCCUACGGCCGAAUGGCACGGUUUGGCCAAGAUGCGAAUACAUACCGAAGGGAGUUUAAAAUUGCUUGACGAGCUCACGUUUGAAUUUGGCAAAUUAAUGCGCGAGUUUUGA